AUGUUUGGUUCCCGGAAGGCGUCUCGACGCAGGUCGUACAGGAGCAGGUCGACAAUGGGGUCACGUGUGGAUAUUGAUUUUUGUAAGUUUGAGGAACCUCCGUCACCACGGGAAGGGGAGAGACGCUGCUUAUUUGUACUUGAUCCACUUGAGCACUACGUGGAGAGCAAAGAUCGCAUGGUGGAAUUACUACCGGGACGUGUGGAGACGGUUGAUGGUGUGAAUACAUAUUACAUCAAUGGGUGUACCACAGAAGAGAAGUUUCCUGGACUUGAUUACACUUGUUACAGGGUGGAUCUCCGAGACACGUACCGAUCGCGAUGCGCAGUACCACCUGAGGCCACACCUGAGGAGAAAUUUAUUUCACAUCGACACCGAAAGUUGAUCCCGUACAACAGUCGGAAGCCGGUGGUGGUUUACCUGCCCGAGGACGCCCAGUUGCACUACCGUAUUUGGACGGGUGGCCAGGAGGUGGUGGCCAAGAAAGCCGAAGAAUAA